AUGUCUGAUCUACCUUCUAUUCGCUGGGGCAUUGUUGCCACCGGCAUGAUCUCUACCUGGUUCGUGGAGGACAUUCUCCUCGAAUGGGAGGGGAAAAGAGUCAAUCACGUUGUGCAAGCAAUCGGCAGCUCAAGCACCCAAAAGGCCCAGGAUUUUGUUAAGAACAAUUGCCCAGCUCAGACUCCUAAGGUAUACGGCUCGUACCAAGAGCUUUACCAGGACCCCGAUGUCGAUAUCGUCUACAUCGGCACCCCGCAUGCAUUCCACUAUCGGGACUGCAUGGAAGCCAUCAACGCCGGCAAGAAUGUCCUAUGCGAGAAAUCAUUCACGAUCAACGCCAAACAAGCCCGAGAGAUAUUUGAUGCCGCACGAAGAAACAACGUUUACGUCGCCGAAGCCAUGUGGGUUCGGCACCGCCCUCUCUAUCAGGAGCUCUACCGACUCCUUCAUGAAGAGAAGAUCAUUGGAGAUGUGUUCCGUGUAUUCUCCGAUUUCGCUAACGGUGUCGACCCCGCAUCCCUUCCUGCCUCCUCACGACACCGUGACUUGACCCUUGGUGCGGGCUCACUGCUUGAUGUAGGCGUCUAUGCUCUCACCUGGGGCCGCAUGGCACUUGGAUACCAAAAGGAGCUUCCUCAGAUCGUGGCGAAACAAACCCACGAAGAAGGGGUGGAAAUUACCACCAGUGCAAUUCUACAGUAUUCAUCCGGUCGACAGGGGAUUUGCACGUGUACUAGUAAGGCCCUGGGUGCUCCUGGUGAGGUAUUUGUUGUUGUGCAUGGUACCAAUGGGUAUAUUGAGGUUGAAGGGAGGGCGGCUUCUAUACCCGAGUCCUUCACAGUUUGGAAGAAACAGGAAGGGGCAGCGGAUCGGGCUUUCUUCCCGCGUGAGGCAUGUGAAGGAAAGAAGUAUGAUUUCCCUCAGAUUGGACGCGGGUUUGUCUGGGAAGCUGAGAAUACGGCCCUGGAUAUCCUGGAGGGACGGAAGGAAAGUCGGGUGAUGCCUUGGGAGGAGACUUUGUACAUAAUGGACAUUAUGGAUGAGAUCCGCGCCCAGGGAGGAACAUGCUACCCUGGCGAGUGA